CCGGCCGUAGUUUGAGGACCCCUGCUAUCCCCUGAGCCAAACCAGUUAGGGCACGUUGUUAAAUUCUUGUCUUAAUUAGUACUUUAUUCUCUCCUCUGACAAUACGGGGAUCUUAAAGAACUUCAAAUUCAUUUACUACCUUCCAGUUCGUUUACCAUCUGGAUACUUUUGUAUAUAUUCAAAACCCCUAAGAUAUUAACAUUUUUGCUUAUGAGACAGAGCUGAGAGCUUGCCCAGUGCACUGGGUUUCUGCCUGAAAUGUGUGCAGAAACGUUUGAAGAGGCACCUGAGCACACAAGCUUUGAAGGGAAACAGUGCUCAGACCGUCUCCGUCCACAUGCUCUGCUCUGUCUCAGUGAUUUUCCUGAGGCUCCCCUGCUCCUGAGGCUGGUGCGGGCAUGGAUGUCAUCUCCCAGGUCUCCUGUGACAUGCACCCCACUUAACCUCCACAGGAUAAAGGAGUGCCGCCACACAGGUGGGACCUAAGGCUCUCCUGGCCAGAAGAAUUCGUACUUCCCGACACCAUAUGAAGGGACACUAGCAGUCCUGUGGCCUUGUGUGAGGGGAGGGCUCAGAGCAGCGUAGCAUCGGGGCCCAGAGGAAAUGUACCACCUGUGGAAUCCAUCCACAGGCCUGACUUCCCAGGAGCAAUAGAAUCAUGUGAAGCAGGAGGAGGCUGUGGGGUUGGGUGUCAGCAUUUCCAUGACACCCCUGACUGCAGACGGAUUUCUCUACAGAAAUACAGAGCAGACCCCAAACACACCAAGGCAGGGCCUCGCCCUUGCGGCUCUUUUCAGAGAACAGAAGGAAAUGAUCCAGGCUCAGGACAUCACGCCGUUACACAACAUGGAGUUGUUACCGGAAUCCCUGACAUUUCACGAUGUGGCCGUGGACUUCACCUGGGAGGAGUGGCAGCUCCUGGGCCCCGAGCAGAAGGACCUGUACAGGGACGUGAUGAUGGAGACCUACAGCCACCUGGUGUCACUGGGGUGUCAAGCCAGCAAACCAGACGCGCUCUCCAAGCUGGAACGAGGGGAAGAACCGUGGACAGUACAGCGUGGACGCCACUGUCCAGUCUCUCCAGAACUCAGGAAGGUGGAUGAUCUUCUGCAGCAUCACGUGCAAAUCCAAAGCCUUCAGAAGAGGGUCGACCGAGGCUGUGAACAUAGUAUGUUAGCAGAUACUGUUAAUCAGAGUGAAGAUCAUUCUCUAUUCAAGCAAAAUUGUGAUAUGUUUGAGAUAAGUGAAAAACCUUUAAAGUCAAAUUUAAAUUUUGGAAACCAAAACAGAAGUUGUAACUUAAAGAAUUCUGUGGAAUUGAAGGGAGAUGGGAUAUCCAUUCUUCAUGCUAACCAUGAACAAUUUAAUUCUGAGAUUAUGUUUCCUGUCAGUACCAAACCCAUUAAUAGUCAAUCCCAGGUCACUCAGCAACAGAAAUCUCACAAUGUAGAGAAAGCCCAUGUAUGUGUUGGAUGCGGGGAAGCCUUCAUGAAAACGUCUCAGCUCACUGAUCAUCAGAGAGUUCAUACUAGUGAGAAACCCUAUGGGUGCAGUCUGUGUGGGAAAGGCUUUAGCAGAAAAUCCAGGCUCACUAAACAUCAGAAAAUACAUACGGGACUCAAACAGAAUGAAUGCACUGAAUGCGACAAAACCUUCCUCAAGACAUCCCAGUUCAAUAAACAUCAGAAAAGUCACAUGAAAGAGAAACCUUAUACGUGUAGUGAAUGUGGGAAAGCGUUCAUCAUAAAGUCUCUUCUCAUUUAUCAUCAAAGAACUCACACUGGAGAGAAGCCUUAUACAUGCAAUGAAUGUGGAAGGGGUUUUACCAAGAAGUGUCAUCUUAUUGAGCAUCACCGAACUCACACAGGAGAGAGACCUUAUACAUGCAGUGAAUGUGGGAAGGGCUUUAUCCACAAGAGUCAUCUUAUUGAACAUCUCCGAACUCAUACAGGAGAGAAACCUUAUACAUGCAGUGAAUGUGGGAAAGGAUUCUCAGUGAAGCACCACCUCAUAGGACAUCAGCGAACUCAUACAGGAGAGAAACCUUUUUUAUGCAGUGAAUGUGGGAAACGAUUCUCAUGGAAACAGUGCCUUAUUGGACAUCAGCGAAUUCAUACUGGAGAGAAACCCUAUGUAUGUGUUGUGUGUGAAAAAGGCUUCCCCUGGAGGGGUGCUCUCACUAUACAUCAGCGAAGUCAUACUUCAGACAAACCAUAUAUGUGCAACGAAUGUGGAAAGGGCUUCACCGUGAAGAGUCGGCUGAUUAUACAUCAGCGAAUGCACACAGGAGAAAAGCCUUUUUUAUGCAGUGAAUGUGGGAAAGGCUUCUCAUUGAAGCAGGGCCUUGUUGAACAUCAGCGAACGCAUACUGGAGAGAAACCCUAUGUAUGUGUUGUGUGUGAUAAAGGCUUCACUAUGAAGCGUAAUCUCACUGUACAUCAGCGAAGACAUACUUCAGAUAAACCAUAUAUGUGCAAUGAAUGUGGAGAGGGCUUCACUGUGAAGAGUCGUCUGAUUGUACAUCAGCGAAUGCACACAGGAGAGAAGCCCUAUGUAUGCAGUGAAUGUGGAAAAGGCUUCCCAGUAAAAAUAUACCUGACUGUACAUCAAUGGACUCAUACAGGAGAGAAACCUUAUGUAUGUAGUGUAUGCAGGAAAGGUUUCACAGCGAAGCAAAAUCUCAUUAGACAUCUGCUGAAACAUACAGGAGAGAAGCCCUAUGUAUGUAAUUUGUGUGGAAAAGGGUUCACCAUGAAGACUGACCUCACUUUACAUCAGCAAACUCAUACUUAAGAGAAACUGUAUGUGCAGUGCAUAUGAGGAAGGCUUCAUUGUGAAGAGUAUACUAGAUAUACAUCAGCAAAACUCAUGCUGCAGAGAAGCCCUACACGCAAGAAUUGUGAUGAAGUCUUUAAGAAGAUGUGCGUUGUACAACGUCAGAGAUUUCACUCAGGAAAUACUUGCUUUGCAUGGAUUGAAUGUGGAAAAUUCUCAUUCAGCAAAAAUGAUCUUGUUACCCACCAGAGAAAUCACAUGGGUGAGAAACCCUAUUGAUGUAAUGAAUGUGGGAAAGCCUUCACUACAAACUCAAGACUUUUAUAUUCAUCAAAGAACACAUACAGGAGGGAGGCCCUAAGAAUGCAGCAAUCGUGGAAAAGCUUCUGACCACUUGUCAUUUUUAAACAAGAGAUUUCAUAGGUGUUUGCUUUGGGGAAAGCCUGUUUCCAACUUUAGGCUCUCAAGGUAAUAGUAUGCAAUGAAGAAUAACUGAAUGCAAAAGGAGAGAUGGGGGGAAAAAAGAAUUAAGUUACUGUAAAGAAUGUGGUAUUGCGAAACCUGUUUGGCUCAGUGGAUAGAGCGUCGGCCUGCGGACUGAAAGGUCCCAGGUUUGAUUCAGG